AAGUAAUAUUGUAUUUGUUGUUUAUUUUAUAUAAUAGAAAUAGAAGAAGAAAGUAAACAAGUAGAGAGUAAGUAAGGAGGGGGGAAGGCAAAGUAGUGAUGUAUUUUUGUGGAGCAAAAUGGAUGUCAGCCUCUGUGUCUCAGUCUCCUCUAAUUCCAUCCAAAUGCUCAAACCAAUCACUAAUUUCUUCUUCUUCCUCCAAUAAUUAUCGCCCCGCCGUUAUUCUCCCGGGGUUAGGGAACAAUUCGGGUGACUACCAGAAGUUGGAGGCAACACUGAAGGAAAACUACGGCGUGUCCACCGUGGUUGCUAAGGUAUCGAGACUUGACUGGCUCCGAAAUGCCGCCGGUUUGAUUGAUUCCAAUUACUGGCGUGGCACUCUUGAACCAACCCCUGUCCUUGAUUGGUAUUUGAAGAGGGUUGAUGAUGCUGUUCAAGAGGCUAAGGAUUUGGCACCAGAUUCCACUCUAUCAUUCAUUGGCCACUCAGCAGGUGGAUGGCUUGCACGUCUCUAUAUGCAACAAUUUGGGAUCUCCGAUAUAUCAUUGUUACUCACUCUCGGAACCCCUCACCUCCCAGCUCCAAAAGGAGUGCCCGGUGUUAUCGAUCAAACCAGGGGCCUCCUUGAUUACGUUGAAAAAUAUUGCUCAAAAGCUGUUUACACCCCUCAACUCAAGUAUGUAUGUAUAGCAGGAAGGUAUAUUGAAGGGGCUCCGCUUUUUGGCAAGUCAAAUCCAAAUGCUGAGUCUCAGGGUGUGCUUCCUACUAAUAGUUCUCAGCUACUUCCUGAGGCUGCUAUUAUCAACGCUGCAAUCACUUCUCCUAACACAACAUUACGUGCUCGCUUUGUUGGCCAAGGAUACAAGCAGGUUUGUGGACAAGCAAAUGUAUGGGGUGAUGGUGUUGUGCCACAAGUAUCAGCUCAUCUUGAGGGUGCACUUAACAUUUGCUUAGACGGAGUUUAUCACUCACCAGUUGGUUCAGACGAUGCCAUUAGACCAUGGUAUGGUUCCCCUCAUGUGGUCCAACAAUGGAUACAACACCUCCUUCAUUAACCGGAAGAUGUUAGUGAAUUAUGUCAUUUUAUUAGUAUACCAUUAUACAAAAUUAUUUUCAUUUUUUCUUUCUUCUUGUAUUUGUGGCGUUUAAUUUGUUUAAUUAACGACAAAGCCAUAAUACUAUAUGAUUCUCCUAUCCUAUAUACUUGGAACUGCAUCUUAAAGUGAAUGAUUUGAUAUGA